AUGAUGAAUCUUGAGAACAGUGGUGUAUACAAAAACGUCUUUUUACGCGAUUCAGGUGCAUAUGGAGUUGCUUCAAGAUAUGCCAGCACUCUGAGCGUUGAGGUAACUGGCAAUGUAUGUGGCCUCGAUUUAAAUAGUUUAGACUGGUUGUCCUCUCAAAUUGAGCCAGUAAACCAUUGGCGAGAUCAAAAAGAGAAAUUACAAUAUCUUAAGACUCAUUACAAUCUUGAAUCUGACCAAGGCUUCUUUAAAAGUUGUCUUUAUAGCCAGUGCGAUAAAAGAAUGAAAAUAGCCAAAAACAUUUUGAACGGAAGUCCCAAUACCAGUCAGCACAGAGAUCAUGCCAUGUACUUCAAAGGUUUUGAUACCCUGGAAGUAAAUAAUAACUACGUGAGUGGUUGGCCUUCGAAUCCAUCAGGGGGCAUCAAAGCUCGAAAUGGAAAAAAUCUUCGGGUUGUUCGUAAUUAUUUAGACGACACAAGUAUUUUGUUAUUUACGUACAGAAAAGCCAAGGCCUGUCUUCAUGAUGGUCUCAAGAACGUUACGGUCUACGGAAACCACAUCGUACAGCGAACAAGGCUUGGUGGAGCAAAAAGCGGAGUAGGUUAUUAUGAGCCUCAUUACACUGGAAAGGAUGUGAAUAUCAAGUAUUCUGCAAACGUAUUUGAGAUCGUUGGAGUCAGUAACUUGGCUCUGUUCGCAUGCAUUUGGCUGACCAAUGGCAAUUUGUCUCAACAUCACGUGUACAGAGACAACAUAUAUUAUGGAACCACGAUGCCAGUGACGAUUGAAGCGCGCAAUCGUAUUGCAACAUAUGAAACAGGGGAUAUAGACCAAGAAAUCAAAGAUCUGUACAACUAUACUGCAUAUAAACUGAACAUUCCACAUUAUCAACCCACCACACCUGAACAUCAGCAUCCAUAUUCUCCUAUCCUAUUCCACCAUUCUCUCUUUUUUCUGGCAAGGAGAACUUGUUUAACAAUCAGGAGCUUGUUAAGUUGGUGA